AUGCUUGGAACAGCGGCGAAACGACCUAAAUCAGCCAGACUGGCUGAUUGGGAGAUUUGGUGCCUGGCUCGAUGGUGCUCGGCCACGAGCGUGAAGAGCACGCCUUGCCCAAAGAUCGAGGCAAAGUUUGUGAUCACCCUCAUCACAUUGCACAAGAGCAUUGUGGCCCCUCUGUGCUGGUACAACGCGUACCGAGUACUGCAACAAGAACAUCGAAAAGAACUACCUGUUCUGUCAUAUCCUUCCGUACUGCAUGAGUGGCAAGGGUCUGGCAGAACAGUCGACAGGCUUCACGUUGGAUUUUUGUCGGUGAAGGAAGAUGUCUUUCUCCCAUGGUUUACUGAGGAUCGACAUGGAUAG